UACUACUAAUGAGUAAUGUCCCAUUUUUCUUCUCUUUCUUUCGUCUUUCUACUCUUUCUUUGCCUUUUAGCUUAUUAUCACACCUCUCAAACUCUCUAAUGGCAAAGAUUCGUUCUCUUCAAAACUCUACUCACUUAUUAUACUUUUCAUUUUGAUCUCUUUUUUCCCUUCUUUAAUAUUUAGCUUCUUUACUUCCAUUACUCUACAAUCUUUAACAUCACCGAAAAAAAAAAGAUUUUUUUUCUGUUUUUUGUAUUUUGUGAUUGGAUUGUGGGAUUUUGAGAAAUGGGGUUGUGCUUAAAGAUGCAAAAUGGUGGCUGAUUCUUGAAAAGUCAGCUUUUUUUGGAUUUUGAAAUUAUUGGUGGAGUGUUACAUACUAGUUUAAGUAGAUUUGUUGAAGUUGUCACCAGUAGAAUUUCGAGCUUUGUAUGAUGGGCAGAGGAAGAGCAAAGGGAAAGAAGCAAUCUGUUCAUGAGGAUCUCGGAAGUGGUGAAGAAGACAAGAUACCAGUCCGGAGAAGGGGAAGACCGCAGAAGCUAUCGAAGGAUGACGUAGAGGAAGAAGAACAAGAGGUUGUGAAAAUAGAAGACGAAGAAGAAGACAGCGAGAACACAAAAGGUUCGGUCUUGAGUAAAGAUGUCAAGAACCAAGCUGCUGUGAAUGGAAAGAAGAGGAAGAGAACGUCACAAGUCAAGGAAGCAGAUUCAAUGAAAGUGGAAGAUGGUGUUGGGACCAAAGCUAACUCUAAUGACUUAAUAAAGUCGGUUGGAUUUAGACAAAACGGGAGUAGAAGGAAAAACAAGCCUAGGCGAGCUGCUGAAGUUGGCGUAGAGUGCAGAUGAACAGCUCUCAUUGCUAUUGAGGACUGAUUCUGUGUGCUUUUCUAUUUGCCCCUUGUUUCUCGAAAUUUAGCUAAAAGUUUCUGAAGAACUGAACUUUGUGUGGAUUUCUGCGGCAAAUUCUAGUAGUCACUUAGCAGGUUCCCUUAUUUUGCAUAUGUCAUGGAAUACUAAACCAUAUUUGCCCUUGUACUCUAAUCUUUGUCACCUUUGAUUUUAUACGUGCCAUUCCCUUCUUUGGUUUCGAA